UGCCUGUGCAUACAUGCAGAACAAUGCUUAUAAUCACAUAAUUUCAUACUAUAAUGCAAAAUAAGAUAAAAAUCUGGCAUGAUAUAGCCUCGUUGCUGGUGCGCCCUAAAACACUGAAUCAUCAUCAAGUGAUUCAACAGACUGCUAGUGUCUCAUUCAGUUGGCAGUGCACUGUUCACAAGCAUAUAUCGCAUAGUUCUUGAUACGCCCUCAUCUGUUCUUAUGUCAAGAACAUUCUAAAAGUCAAAGGCUACAUCAUGUAGCUCCAGACGUGGGCUCCAUGGGAACUUCUCCAUCUCCAAAAUUCCUUGUGAAUUCAGGCCCAUCUUUCAGUGUGUAGCUGUCUUGUCUUGGGAUUCUCCAGGUGAAAUACGAAACAUCCAGAAGAAAUAAGACAUUGACAGAGAAAACUACAGCCAAGACGUGUCUCGGUCACCGAAACAUGGAGAAGACAGGUCGUCAGCGCAAAUGUGCACUAUGUGGCUCCCAUCAUCCCAGCCUAGCGUCCCUGAAGGCCCAUCUCAAGACUAAACACGACGGGGCCAAGGCCUUUUCGUGCGACAAGUGCACUUACAAGGGCGUUUCCAGGGACGCCCUGAAUACGCACCGGUGGAAGCAUCACCAAUUCUGCGAGAGAUCUUACGAGAGAUCGAAAUGUCUGGAGUCUACCCUGGUGGCCGGUGUGGAGACUGCGUGCACGGCCGCCGUCCCGAACAGCAGUCGGCUGCGGACCCACCUGGCGUCGGAGCACGGCAUCUCGGACGCGCUGAGCUCCGAGACGGUCCGGCUGGACGCGGCUGAAGCUUUCUUGUCAUGGAAGAAGAUGUAUGAGGCGAAGACGUCAUCCUCAUACGUGGGCAGAUGCAAGACGCCUACAGCCGAUCACCCGUCUGUUCUCUUCAAAUGCUUCCGCUCCGGCUUCCACAAGCCCUCAGGGAAGGGGCUCCGAAGACUGAAAUCGCAAGGCUCGUGCAAAAUGGGCCGCGAUUGCACCUCCGAGAUACGCGCCAGGCUGGAGGAGGACGGCUCCAUCAGGGCAACUGUCUUCCACUUUCAUUAUGGCCACGGGACCGGAUCGGACGGCGCUGCCCAUCUGCGGAUUCCGAAAGAGGACAAGGCAUUGAUAAAAGAGAAACUGCUGAAAGGCGUCGGCGCGACCCGCAUCAUCUCCGACGUGCGGCGCUCGCUGGAGGCCUGCGGUGAUCCCCGCUCCAGCCGUACCUACUGGGUCAAUAAAAAGGACGUAAACAACAUCGCUGCCUCUUUGGGACUGAACGCGUCGGGAGCGCACCCGGGGAGCGCGACUGAGACGACCAGCGUGGAAACAUACGCGGAAAAGAUCCGCGCGUCGGAGCAGCAACAUCUGUUGGCCCUGAAAAUGCCCGGUGAAGCCGACCCCGAUGGCCGUCUGGGACGUGAAGAUUUCAUCUUCUCGUUCUGCACGGAAUUCCAGCUCAGGAACUUCAUCAAGCAUGGCUGCGGCACCGUCUGCAUCGAUGAGACGCGAGGGACAAGUGAACACGGAUUCAACCUGGUGACGCUGCUGGUCCUCACCGACCAAGGCCAGGGUCUACCGGUCGCCUGGCUGCUCUCCAGUCGCGAAGACGAGGAAGCCGUCGCUAAGAUGCUGCAAGGGCUGAUUCAGCUCUGUGCUGAGACAGGCCGUGAGUUUCCACACGCGGAGUACCUGAUGACGGGUAAAACCCAGACGUUGUUCAACGCCUGGAUCGCCACGACCGGCCAAGACACCCAACAUCGCCUGCGCUUGUGGCAAGUGAACAAGGCUUGGCGUGACAGGCUCGUCACGCUCAGUCAAAGCUUCACUGACAGCGGAGAGAUGACGGCAUCUGGCCUACGUCACCAGCCUUCCAACCAAUCACGGUGUAUCGGAGCGCUACUGGAGUUUGCCGACGAGCAGCUGCUGAAGGCGGGCCGCCGGCAGCUGUGGCAGCAGCCCGGCUUCAACCAGGUCAAGAUGCGGCGCCGCCACAACGCCGCCGCGCGGCUCUCCGCCGAGACGGGGGCGACGGUCUUCAGGAUCAAUGACAAUCCACUUCCUGCCUGGGUCGUAAGGUCGAAGCCUGAUGACCCCUAUGGCGAGCCACAUACAGUGGAGCUGGUGGACCAGACGUGCCCACUGUCAACGCAGUGCCGGCAGCGGUGCGAAGCGUGCAACAUCUGCGGGCACAUGAUGCGAUGCGACUGCCGUGAGUGGCUUGGCCAGAAGCAGAUCUGUGAGCACGCCCAUCUGGUCGCUCUGCAGGACAAGUUCGUCACCGUGCAUCUGCUGCCAGCCGGGGAGCAGUCGCCGCAGACGGAUUGGGGUGACGAUGCCGCCGACUCGCCGCCGACAGAGCAGUCUCUGCCUCCACCGUCCGCGGGUAGUUCACUCAGUGACGCCUCGCCGGCCUACCUGAUGGCCAAGGCUAAGGAGUUUGCCGAGCUUAUGCCCACCCUGCCCCUUACGAUCCGAGAACAGAUUGCACAUCAUUUUCGCCAGCUGGAUGAGCUGGUAUCGCUGGGAGCCAUCCACCAGGCUGACGCGCUGGCGGUGGAGGAGGAUCGGCGUGCAUGGAGUGCGCGCACCGAGCGACAGCCGUCCGACCGAGGGGUCGGCGUGGCUGAUACCGCCGCCCAUCUGCGCCCCGGCGCUGCGGCUCGGACCAGCGCCGAACGGACUGGAAACGACAGGAGUAGAGAGGCUGACAUCUUUCCUCCGGAUCAUGACUAUUUAUAAGGAAGUGUUGGCGCCUGAAUGUGGCGAUUCAAGUCCACCAUCAUCAUUUUGGGUUGCGUUAAGCGGGACGAGGUGUGGACAAUGAACAUGGCCCUUGCUAAGCGGGAGAGAUGAGAUUUGUCUGGACGACUACGAUUAGUGUUCCAAACUUAACUUACGACGGGCUUUCAGCACGAUUGUUAAAACCAUGUGCCCUGUUCGCGAGUUGUGAUGCCUUAUGUUGUGCAUUGAGGGGCUUACAAGCGUUUCCGUCACUGACCGGUUCGUACGUGCCGACGUUUUGGUUGGCGUUGUGGCUCAACUGGUGAGAUAUGCGCCCAUGUGUCCGUCGUAUGUAAUUGUGUACCUAGAUCUCGCCGUGCACUGAGAUCACUUGGCCAAUGAGUGAUGAUGGAUCAAUACAGAGUUCUCACUCUGCCUUUUA